GGAGAGCACACCUUUUCAGGUCCAGAUUGCACCACACUCAAAUUUAAGUCAUUCAUUAUUCAAAUCAGUGAACGAGCAUCAUUUUUUUGCUUAGCAGCUUCUUCUAUAAGAAAUUGACCCGUUUGAAACUGGAGAAUUGCAUUGUAUUGAAUCCAUUAAAAUGGCUACACGCGUUCAGUUUGAAAACAACAAUGAAGUCGGAGUCUUUAGCAAAUUGACGAAUUCUUAUUGUUUGGUUGCUAUCGGUGGAUCUGAGAACUUUUACAGCGUUUUUGAAGCUGAGUUGAGUGAAACAAUUCCUGUGAUUCAUGCUUCAGUUGCUGGUUGUCGAAUCAUUGGAAGGCUGUGUGUUGGCAACAGACAUGGUUUACUGGUGCCCAGCUCAACAACGGACACAGAGCUGCAGCACAUCCGCAACUCUCUGCCUGACUCGGUCAAGCUACAGAGGGUGGAAGAAAGGUUGUCAGCGCUAGGUAAUGUUAUCACAUGUAAUGACUACGUGGCCCUCGUACAUCCUGACCUUGACAGGGAAACAGAAGAGAUCCUAGCAGAUGUUUUGAAGGUAGAAGUGUUCCGUCAGACUGUGGCCAGCAAUGUGUUGGUCGGCUCGUACUGUGCUCUGUCCAACCAGGGGGGCCUCGUACAUCCGCAGACCUCGGCACAGGACCAGGACGAACUAUCAUCUCUGCUGCAAGUACCUCUAGUGGCAGGAACAGUGAACAGAGGCUCUGAAGUGAUAGCUGCUGGACUGGUGGUCAAUGACUGGUGUGCGUUCUGUGGCAUGGACACUACCUCUACAGAGAUAUCUGUUAUAGAGAGUGUCUUCAAACUGAAUGAUGCUCAGCCCUCGGCGAUCACAACGAGCAUGCGGGCGUCACUCAUUGACAGCAUUGCAUAAACGGGGGUGCAAAUAACAAGAACUACGUGUAUUUUUGCUGUACAGAGCUUGGCACUGCAUAUUUAUAAAUCAGGUCAAAUUACUACAAUUUACUUUGUUAUGAUAAAUGUAAAGUUAUUUUUA